CUUCAGCACGUCCGAUGCUCAGCAUGCUGCAUCCCGAUGCGCUCGCACGCGGUUCGGACUAUACACCUGCUGCUGGAUUAACAUGCGUUCCCACUGCCGCCGUGUCCAGCACUACAUGACCACCGUUCAAGAUUCAAGCAGCCCAGCGUGCACUGGACACAUCUGCACGUCUGAACUAUUUUUAGGAUAGACAGAGGGGUGGAAGUGUCCAGGAAUAUUCGACCUGUCCUGCGGAUGCGCCGUCACUGUUUGGUGCCUCAGUGCUCCCAGACUCAAUUCAUGAUCGAUCACUGUGUCUUCACAGGUUCUCCUUAGGGUCGCUCGUGUCCGUGGUGGCAGAGAUGGAGAAAUUUCAGAAUAACAUGCGCAAACGGCUUUAUAGCUUGCCGCAAAAUAUUGGGCAAAAGCCCUGCGUGGUGUACGAAGGAGACAACGGCGACAAGGACAUGAAGAGGAAAAGUAUUGGUCUGAAACACAUGCCCUCUCGGUCUCCCGCAAGCAGUUGCAAAAGCAACCAAGAGACCACAAGUGUAGACAUGGAGACAGACGUCAGUGUGAGGGCCAACCUGAAUGGAGACUGUCGCUUUUUCAGAGCGAGCAUCUCUUCAAUCUCUGGACGGCACCCCCUCGGACCCGAUCCGGCAGAGCACCGGCGCCUCAUCCCAGAAGCAGACGCCAGCCUCACCGAGGGCUUACCGGGGGAGCACGGCCCCUGGACCCAUGGGCAAGAGGCAUUGGGGGACCCGGUUGCAACGCCGGGUUCGUCGUCUGUAUUUGACCAGACGUGUUUCAUCAAGUUGGAGGGGUCCGAGCAAAACAUCGCCGCCGAGGACGAAAGGUUGUACCAAGCCGGCUUCAUGCACCGGCAGUUCGGAGCGAUGCUCCAACCGGGAGUCAACAAGUUCUCCCUGCGCAUGUUGGGGAGCGAGCGGGCCGUGGAGCACGAGAGAGAACGCGUAAAGUCUGCUGGGUUCUGGAUAAUCCACCCCUACAGUGAUUUUAGGUUCUACUGGGACCUGAUCAUGCUGCUGCUGAUGGUGGGCAACCUGAUCAUCAUCCCCGUGGGCAUCACCUUCUUCAAGGACGAGCACACGCCCCCCUGGAUCGUCUUCAACGUGGUGUCGGACACCUUCUCCACUCCUGACCUGGUGCUCAACUUCCGCACGGGCAUCGUGAAGGAGGACAACACGGAGAUCAUCCUGGACCCGCAGAAGAUCAAGAUCAAGUACCUGAAGAGCUGGUUCGUGGUGGACUUUGUCUCCUCCAUCCCCGUCGACUACAUCUUCCUCAUCGUGGAGACGCGCAUCGACUCGGACUUCUACAAGACGGCCCGGGCGCUGCGCAUCGUCCGCUUCACCAAGAUCCUCAGCCUGCUUCGCCUGCUGCGCCUCUCCAGACUCAUCCGCUACAUCCACCAGUGGGAGGAGGUGUUUCACAUGACCUACGACCUGGCCAGCGCCAUGGUGCGCAUCAUGAACCUGAUCGGGAUGAUGCUGCUGCUGUGCCACUGGGACGGGUGCCUCCAGUUCCUGGUGCCCAUGCUGCAGGACUUCCCCGCCGACUGCUGGGUCACCAGAAACAAGAUGGUGAACGAUACGUGGGGGCAGCAGUACUCGUACGCCCUGUUCAAGGCCAUGAGCCACAUGCUGUGCAUCGGCUACGGUCUCUACCCCCCCAUAGGCAUGGCCGACGUGUGGCUCACCAUUCUCAGCAUGAUCGUGGGCGCCACCUGCUUCGCCAUGUUCGUGGGGCACGCCACCGCACUAAUUCAGUCGCUGGACUCAUCGCGGCGUCAGUACCAGGAGAAGUACAAACAGGUGGAACAGUACAUGUCCUUCCACAGACUUCCCGCCGGCAUGCGACAGAGGAUCCACGACUACUACGAAAACCGCUACCAGGGCAAGAUGUUCGACGAGGAGAGCAUCCUGGAGGAGCUGAACGAGCCGCUGCGAGAGGAGAUCAUUAACUUCAAUUGCCGGAAGCUGGUGGCGUCCAUGCCUCUCUUCGCCAACGCUGACCCCAACUUUGUGACGUCGAUGCUGACCAAGCUCCGCUUUGAGGUGUUCCAGCCCGCCGACUACAUCAUCAGGGAGGGCACCAUUGGCCAGAAGAUGUACUUCAUCCAGCACGGGGUAGUCAGCGUCCUCACCAAGAACAGCCAGGACACCAAGCUCUCCGAUGGCUCCUACUUUGGAGAGAUCUGCCUGCUGACUCGAGGCAGAAGAACAGCCAGCGUGCGAGCCGAUAACUACUGCCGCCUGUACUCCCUGUCCGUGGACAACUUCAACGAGGUCCUGGAGGAGUACCCCAUGAUGAGGAGGGCCUUUGAAACCGUGGCUCUCGACCGCCUAGACCGCAUCGGUAAGAGAAACUCUGUGCUUCAAUCCAAAGUCCUGCACCACCAGAGCGCAGGCACCCUCAACCUGCAGGAGAACGAGAUCAUCCAGAGGAUCGUCCAGCACGACCGAGACAUGGCCCAGUGCACCCAGCUCAUCCAGAAGGCCGCCGCCGCCGCCCAGAGCCUCAGCCCCCUCCCGGCCUCCCCCUCCCCCGCCUCCGUGAUCUGGGCCCCGCUGCUCCAAGCCCCCCUUCAGGCUGCGGCGGCUACCACCCCCCUGGCCCUGGCGUUGGCCCACCACCCCCAGCUGCCCCCCAUCGUGUUCCACCACCCCAUUCUGCAGGGCUGCGCCUCCUUCGGGGACCCCUCGGGACCCCCCAGGAGGUACCUCACCGGCGCCAGCGUGGCCGGUGCCGCCGUGGUCUCUGGGUCGCCCCCCAGGAAACAGCCCAUGCCAAAGAAAUGA